AGGCAUUGGAUUUUGAUUCCUUGGCUGGAGUCCUAAUUCUAGAGUCCGUUAAUUCUGUGGCCUGUAGAUUUAUCUCGAAUCAGACCAUGGCUUUUGAAGCUAAAAUAUACAAGGACGACAAUGGUGAUGAUCGUGCAGGAGAGAUUGUUUAUGUAUUAUUCAACGACAAAUGUGUGUCCGAGAUGAACCUAAAUGAUGGUAGUGAACACGAAGCAGAAAUAAUGUUUCUCAUUGAUCGGAUACCAUUUGUAGAAAUGCAUUUCGCCAUUAAAAAUCUAAAGAAAAUGCAUUGUGUUUGGCCAAAAAAAUCAGAACAGCUAACGACUGCGAUGAAUUGUUCAAAUGAAUUAGACAAGUACCAAGAGACUGCUGCUAGUUUUAUCUGUUCGAAAGAAAUACAACAUGAACAGGCAUUUUUGAUAAUAUGUGGACCCUUUGGUACUGGUAAGACCAGAGUCUUAGCAACAUCAGUGAAAAGAAUACUUGGACGAUCAGACGACUCCCGUGUACUAAUAUCCACGUUAUCAAAUAGUGCGGCUGAUCUGUAUAUUAUUAAUGGUCUACAAGAGGAGUCUGAUAGAUUUAGUAAGGGAAGAGAUGCUUACAAGAUUCUACGAGUUUAUCAGCCAAAUCGACGCGUUUCCACAAUACCACAACGCGUUAAAAAGCAUUGCUUGUUUGAAAAUGAAACUAAACUUCGUGUUCCCGAGCGAGACGAUAUUGAAAUGGCUAAAGUUGUCAUUUGCACCUUGGCAACAGCCAUUUAUUUGAUUCCUUUGAACGUUAAUGGUUUGUUUACACAUAUUCUUAUUGAUGAAGCUGGUCAGGCUCUUGAGCCGCAGACGAUAAUGCCGAUAACGUUAGCUGACGAAAAAACGUGCGUAGUGUUAGCAGGCGACCAUUUACAGAUGAGCCCUAAGAUAUACUCUAAUUCAAGCAAAGCUGUCGGGUUUCACAUAUCGCUACUAGAACGUCUGAAAAAAAUGCGUAUGGCCAAUAGUGUCCUACUUCGACGCAACUACCGAACAUGUCGGCCGAUUCUAAAAUUUCUAUCAAAAUGUAUCUACGAGAAAGGAAUUGAAUAUGCUACAAAUGAAGAAUUUAGUUCGGACUUUGGACCAGCAAUAUCGUUAGUGGAGGUGAAAGGUUUGGAUACGAAGCGAGGUUCUUCGUAUGUCAACAAGGAUGAAAGCACUGAACUUGUUGAACGUGUAAAGUACUUGCACGACCACUGGCCAGAGAAAUUUGGUGAAAAGGACAUUGCAGUUGUUACGUCAUACCAUGCCCAGGUAUUUCUAAUCAGAAAACUAUUAAGAAAACAGGAUAUGAAGAAUGUAAUCGUUGAGCACGUUCGUAAUAUUCAAGGGAGGCAGUUUCGAGUUAUGUUCAUUUCGACUGUUCGGACAAGAAAAACCCUAAAUCUGGAUGAGGUGACGGCAUUUAAAGGGACUGGCUUCAUUUCAACACGCACGUAUGGUUUCUUGUCUGAUGAAAAGCUCCUAAACACCGCCUUCACACGUGCUAAAUCCAUGAUUGUAGUAGUCGGCGAUCCAGUCGCACUUUGUUCUGCUGGUGAAUGUUGUUCGAUUUGGAGCGAAUACGUCCAACAAUGUGAGAAUAUUGGUGGCCUUUUACCAAAAAGUCUUACUUUUGGUAAAAUAAUGACUGAGAUAUACUGUAUAAGACAAAGACUGGAUCCUACAGCCAAACCGUUUAAACCAUCCGGAAUGUCAUCUUCUUUAACAAAUAACACCCAGAAAGUAUUUAAAGAUAAUUCUACUAGCAAAAAUGAAGAUAAUUUUCAAACAUAUACAGAAAAACGAUUUGAAGAAAAGCUCAAUGACGUCAUAUUACGGGAGUUAAAAUUAGGUAAUAUGCAAAGCGAGGAUUUAGAAGAAAAUGUUGGUAUGCCAAAAGGAACAUCUCAAAAAAAGAAAAAGAUCAAUUGGAAGAAAUUAAAAUUAGAAGACUGUAAACAAAUUAUAGAGGAAGGAAAUAUUAAAUACACUUUCUGUCCAGAAGAGGUUGCACUUGAGAAUCCACGAAAAUAUUGGUUAGAUAAGUGUAAACAGGAACCAGAAAAAUACAAAUAUUGCACAUUUAGUAUUGAUCACACAGGAACAAUGUUUGCAAUUGAUACCAAAACUGGAAAAUAUAUUUCUAUAACUAGUGCGAGACGAAGGGGUACGGCGUUUGAAAAGGAUACAGUUGUUGUGGAAAUAUUAGGCAAUGGAAACAAUGAAGUCUACGGAGAAGUAAAAUACGUUAUGGAGCGUCACUUCAAACCGUGUUUAGAGGCGAUUGUUUGCAAAUUAGCCCUGCAUACUAAUAUGAUGGUUCCAACAAACAUGGCGUUACCUAAAUUCGAUAUUCUUGGUAAGAAAGUCUCAUCACAUCUGAAGACACGACUUAUGAUCUAUGAUAAGGAAUCAUUAGAAAAUAAUGGCAGUGUAGAAGUAUUAAUGAGAGACCGACCUAAUGCUUUAUUCGUUGUUAGGUACCUAAGAUGGUGUCCAAAGUUCAUUUAUCCCUUAGGAUGUGUGAUAGAACGACUGCCGCCCGGGGAUUCUCUUGACAGGGGACUUAAAAUAAUCUCACUCGAACAUAAUGUUGACUUUCAAAGCGAUUGGAGUGAACCUGUAAAGAAAGAGCUAAAUAUGAAGUUCAAAAAAGGGUGGCAAAUUCCAAAGGAUGAAAUACGUGACAGAUUGGACUUAAGACAAAAGGAGUGUAUAUUUUCAAUUGAUCCCACUAAGGCAAGUGAUCUUGAUGACGCACUAAGCGUUAAAGAAUUACCUGACGGUCAUUACAGAGUUGGUAUCCAUAUUGCCGACGUUUCAUAUUUUGUUAAAAAAGAAACUGAAAUUGAUACAGAGGCGAAGAAAAGGUGCACCUCUCACUAUCCCACAUCAGCAAAACCUAUUCCUAUGAUUCCUAUGAAACAAAUCAGAAGUAAUUGUAGCUUAACACCAAAUGAAGACCGGUUUGCUAUAUCAGUAUUUCUCAAAAUCAACGAAGAAGGUUGUGUGUUAGAGAAUGAAACAGAAAUUAAAAGAUCUAUUGUUAAUUCCGACAAAAGAUUUUCUUAUGAAGAGAUUGAGAAAAUAAUUCAAAAACGAUCUGAUGGACCUACUAAAAACCUGACGAAGCAAAUAAGAUUAUUUAAUGAACUCGCAACCAAGAGAAGAAAAAUUCGAUUGAAAAGUGGUAGGUACUGUUACAACCAUGAUGAUGUCACUGAUGACCUAGACUGUCCACUGGCAUAUUCACUUGUAGAAGAAUUCAUGCUACUUGCAAAUGAAGUAGUUGGAAAAUUUCUAAUCUCAAAGUAUCCAAAGUGCGUUCCAAUAAAAAGACAAUUAUCGCCAGAUUCCGAUAAAAUGCAGAAAUGGAUUAAAACUUUCCAUGGUCCAAUCAAAAAUAGUUUGGAAAUGUCAGCUAAGGCAGAAAAGCAACCAGACGACUUAUCUGACAACAUGACUUUGACUAAAGACGUUUGGCACAAACUAGUUGGCUUGUUAAACAAACAGCAAAAUAUUACGCCUACACCUAGAUCCGAGGAUAAAGUCUUUUUCAAAAUAAUUGAUUUAGUGGCAAAUGACAUGCUUCAUCCACAACUAAUGAUAAUGAAGUUGAAACAUUACAACAUUCAAUGUAAGUCUGAAUAUGUUUGCUCUGGUCGAGAUGACACGAAGCAUCAUUCAUUAUCAAUUGAACUCUACACACAAUUCACGUCGCCUAUUCGGAGAUACAUCGAUCUGGUUGUGCAUCGUCUUCUCGUGGCAGCACUGAAGGGAGUCAAACAACCUCCUUACAUGUCUGAAGAUAUUGAAGACAUUUGCAAUAUUAUGAACGAAAAAGCUUUAAAUGCGGAACGUUUCGAACGGCGAACAAAAGAUUUCGUAUUGGCACUUAAUCUGAAAGAACAUGGUGCACUUCCUUAUCAACCAGUCAUCGACAGUGUAGAUGAUACAAAUAUAUACCUAGCAUUCCCACAGUCUUACAUCAGUCGAUGUCAAGACCCUCUAAGGUUUAACUAUUUGAAACCAUUCGGAGGCGUUGUAACAGACAAUGAGAUAUCGACUGCAACAUGGAAGAUAACUCUUUGUAAUGCAGGAGAUCAAUCAAGCUUACUAACAUCCGUAAAGGAAAAUGAAAUGUCACGAUUAGACCCUGCUAGAUAUGAGGUUGAGAUGAAGAGUAAAUAUUGGCAGAAUUUGGUAGAUGCCAUUAUAUCAGGAACUCAACAAGACGUAAAUAAUGCUUUGCCCGGUUGCAUUGAAGAUAUAAAGAUACAAUGUCAAUCGAGAAAACAUAAACACUUGGUUGACACGGUAAAAUACGAAAAAUUUGAAUGUACGUUUCAACGCUUUGAUGUGAUGCGUGUUCACCUAGCUCCUGAACUUCGAAAUGGGAUGCUUCAACCAACCAUCCAGCUUGUUAGUUUAGCUGACAACGUGGAUGUGUGUGUUGAGCAUCGCAAAAAUCCUGUUAUGUGUUUCUCUCAACUGGCAACGGAAAAUCCUCGUGGUUCAAAAAAUAUUGAACAGUACAAAAAGAGAUGGCUUUCAGUUUUAGCGAUGUGCUCAGCUUAUGGUGCCGUGCACGAAGACAACGCAACUAUUAUCAGAGAUGUGUUCAUCUUGUGGCAGAAAAAUGACAGCGGAUUAUUCACAGGCUCAUUUAUGCUUCAGAAGGAAUUCUGUGAUACCAAUGUCUUACGAUUUUUCGGAAAUUCAAGGAAAAAGAGAAGAGAGGAAAUUGAAAAUGACUACGACGAAGAUGAUAAUGAUGGUGAUGAGGAUGAUGAUGAUGAUGAUGAUAAUGAAGAUGAUGAUGUUCCUCCAGUUUUGGACUACCUUUGCAUCCGUUACUCUAAUCUCCAGUGUCUACCACGCCCUAUAGAUAGCAAACCUACUCAUUUGAAAGGAAAAUCAACUUCUGUUUGGGUUGGUCAUUGUUAUACAACUGAUGUAAAUGACAGUCAAACAUGUUUGAUGGUCGAAAUAAAGCUUCAUCAAUCUGCCAUACAACUUCCAUUUUCUCAAAUAUUGAAACAAGAAGCUCUAUGUACCGUAGAGUUAAUCCCUAAAAGUACGCCUGAUAGGCGGACAGAAGCAGCAGUGCUCGCUUUAGGGUCAAAUGAGACAUCAAUUACAAGGUGCAUUGUCCUUCACGAAGACAUUAUUUCAAAUGGAGCAUUCCAUCACAAUACUAACGACGACGACGACAACGGCGACGACGACGACGACGACGACGAUGAUGGUACCGACGACGAGGUACGUGAAACUUUGGACAGAACCUUCAGGAGUUGGAACAUAGAUUCUAUUCCAGAGUAUCCCGACGUACCUCCCCUUCCGUCACCAAACCCUUCACAGACAAAUGCUAUCGAGAGGGCGAUUUUCCAGACGUUUACUGUUAUUCAAGGUCCUCCAGGCACUGGAAAGAGCGUGACAGGUUCCCAGCUUGCGUUUUUCUUUGCUCAAAUCAACGAACGAAGUGGACAAGUCUUGUACUGUGGUCCUUCAAACAGGUCUGUUGAAGUCGUUGCAGGCUACCUGAAAAGAUUGCGAGGUAUUAGUGUGGUUCGUGUUUACAGUGAAACCAUAGAGGAUAAAGAUUACCCAAGGCCUUGGCUUACAAAACCCAAGCGGAAGUUUUCUAUGACAGGAGCGUCCGUUGAUUCAGGAAACCACAAUAUAGCUCUUCAUCACCGAAUACGUCAAAGAGGAAAUAAAUUUUCAAGCAAAAUACAAAAAAUGGAGUCGGAGUUUAACAAACGAAUAAUGGAUAAUAAAAAGACCAAAUCGAGAAAAUCUACGGGCAUUCAAGCUAAAGGUCAAUUUCCAAUUUUUACAAAGGAGGAACUAUAUACAUACAACAAACUAAUUACAGAUGCUAAGGAAGUAGAACUGCGCAUGUGCAAUGUCAUACUGACCACGUGUAAUGUUGCUGGAGCCUCAGAAAUCAAAAGAUUUUGUAACAUCAUUGAAUGCAUCAUCGAUGAAGCGGGAAUGUGUACUGAGCCAGAGUCGUUGAUUCCACUAGUUGCAUGUAAACCACACAAAGUUGUCCUUAUUGGAGAUCACAAGCAACUUCGACCUAUUGUCCAGGAACCAAACGCGAAAGAGCUUGAAAUGGAAAUAUCAUUAUUAGAACGGUAUGCUAACAAGGCUAUCAUGCUUGACAUACAAUAUCGUAUGCAUCCCAGCAUAUGUGACUUUCCAUCACGACAGUUUUACGGCAAUAAACUUAAGACUCAUGAAUCGGUCAACGAACGGACGGCAGACAACUUAAACUGGCCAAGAGACGCCGAUAAAGAAUACCAUACGUUAUUCUGUAAUGUAGCCGGGGAAGAAGAAUCGCAAGCAGUAAAAACCGAAAAGGGUAACGAGAACAGCAAAUGCAAUAAAAAAGAAAUAGAAUGCUUGAUGAAGAUUGUGAGGAAGCUAUUGGCGAAAAGAAUUAAAGCGCAGGACAUUCUAGUCUUGACUCAGUACCGGUUACAGCUAAGUGAAAUUAAGAAAAGGCUAAAUAGUGACAGUACAACAAGUAAAGUACGGGCCACAACCGUCAUCACAAGUCAAGGAAGUGAGAGUGAUUACGUCAUAAUGUCAACCGUACGAUCCAUUCCACUCGUGCAAAUUGAAGAAAAACCUACUAUCGGUUGGAAGAAGAAGUUUCUUGGCUUCAUUAUAGAUGAAAACCAAACAAAUGUCGCAAUCACGCGAGCAAAACGAGGUCUAAUUUUGAUUGGUAAUAAACAUCUGUUGGAAACACAUGAAACAUGGAGAAACUUGAUCAAAUCCUAUGAAGGCAGAGGUUGUCUGAUGAACAAUAUGGACUUCUUGAAGACUUUCUAAAAGUGUAUGGUUGAUAAGUUGUAACGCUUUGAAUCGUUGGAUUCUAUAUCAUAUUAUCCGCCUCUUUUAUUUGUGUAAAAAAUAUAUAUUUUUUUCUUUUUACUAAACAAAAUAUUAUCAAUUAUAUUUUUCGUGAAUAUAUAAGAUUAAUUGGCCCUAAAUAAUCGCUUAAAAAGUCAAGUGUUGUCGCUUUAGCGGCUCAGACACCUUAGUUUUUGAGUAGUACCGUUCACAUAUCAAUUAAAUAAAAUAUGACUUAAGUUAUACUCUCUAUUAUUAUUUUUUGUGCAGUACACAAAUUGUCUAAUAAUUAUCUUCACAUUACUCUCAUUGUAAUAUUGAAAAUCACCACCGUUACGCCUACAUUGAAGACGUUGAAAUAUUGUUAAAUCAUUAUGUAAAUUGAAAGUAUGUGGUUGUUCAAUAUUGUAUGAAAUCUGUGCUGUAAUAGCUUAUUUGAGGAUUAUCAACUUUAAUAUUAUUGACUCGUAUUUUCACGAUGAUAUAUGGAAUAAUGAUAAUUCAUCGAUAUUUUACAAAUGUUAAUAUAUUUAUGAUAAGACUAUAUUUUAAAGAAACGGCCGAAGUUAUAACACAAGAAAAAGAAUGUGAACAAGAUUCAACUCUAUCAAUGAACACUAAUGAAAAUACUCAUAGUGUUGUUCCAAAGAUUAAUUAUAAAUGCUUCUGAUAAUAACAUACAAUAAUCUCUUGAUCCAAACAAUAAAAUAAAUUCCAAGUUUGAUUCUAAUAGUAAUAAGCUGAAUAUUUUCUAUUACAAUGUAAGAAGUUUUAAAAACAAAUUAUGUGACAUAAAUGUCGAUUUAGUUCAUCAUUUGUUAUGGCAUCAUAGCUAUUUCAAAAACCUGACUUGACGACUGGAUAUUUGAUAGUCAACUUUUUAAUAAUUAUUAUACAGUGUUCAGAAAGGACAGAAAUUCUCAAGAUGGUGGCGUUUUAAGAACAUCCUUACAACCCUUAGAGUGCCAUAAUCUUAACGAUAGUACUCUUAAAUUGGUAUGGGUGGAAUAUUACACAUGUAUUGGCAUAAUAACACAUGGUGACAGAUGCCAAAGAGCUGGCAAAUCUAUUAAAUAAGCAGUUUGUAAACAAAUUUUGUAUCGAUAAUGAGGAGCAUAAUGGUUUGGAUUCUACUACAUUACAUUAUCCAAAUAGUAUGCUAUUUGAACCUUUUGUAGUACCUGUCUCAAUAUAAACACAUUGAAAUGUGUUAUGUAGCUAUUUAAAACUUACGUAGUUCAUAUAGAAAUUGACUGUACUAGAAAAUUCCAGUGAUUUGAUCUACUGGUCUUUUGGUAAUUUGAUUCAAACGCAUUUCUAAUUGUGUGUUUUUCUAAAUGUAAUGGAUUAACGAUUAAUAGCAAAUUCACAGACUUGAAUAGAUUGAAAAAAUACUGGAUGAAAAUUGAAAUGGACAGGCUUUAUUAAAUAAAUAGUUAAAUUACAGUAGUUAUACAUUUUCUUAUUAGGAGUGUGUGAAUAAUGAUCAUGAUAGGCCUAGCCAGACAAGCAAUCAUUACGUGCACUAUUACAUCAGGUACAGACAGUGUAAGUACCUGGAUGCGAUUCUUCGCGAUGCAAUACCUAUGCACCAUGACAGAGGUCAAAAUGUUUACUCUUUUCGAACACAUUCUGUAGCUUAGAAAAGAUUAAAUCCAUUUUACAAAAGUUGUACUAACAUUUAGUUUGUGGAGUUUGAAAAAAAAAAUUAGGAUCAAGUGGUCAACAAGUUAAAUGUUUUUUUUUUUUGUAGUCUAAAAGUAAGACCCUGGUUUCAUCAUUACCUUUGUUCGCAACUUCAAACCAUUUUUACAUUAUUGAAACAAGGGCAUCGACAGUCGAUACCAAUUUGCCAAAUUGGUUUAAAUGUAUCUUAAGAAUUCUUUUAAUAGUAUUUCACCGAUAAUACGUUCGAUUUGAAACUCACCUUGAGGUCACAUAUUAUGAAAUCAUUUUUCGUUAAAUGGCUACAGUACGCAUACGAUUAUUACAUUGCCGCUAUUCUUAUUUAUUAUCUAUGGAUCAAGAAUUUCAUUGUAAAUGCAUAAAAAAAUUAAUUAGAUUAAUUUUAUUUCAUUUUUCUCGCUAAACGAAAAUAAAAUUACGAUUAUACACCAGAAUGAAAUUUAAAUUUUUAACAUCAAUAUACACAUUUAUCUGGUCCUCAAGUCGUUUCUGGCUGUUAAACACUUCCGUCGUUACUUUACGGGAUAGUAGUUGGCUGGUUUGGCAACGUAAAGUAAACUUAAUUUUGUUUUCAGGUAUGUUAAUGAAUUGUUAUAUUGAUCAUUAUACAGUAUUUUUCUAUUCAACUCUAUACAUUGCUAUAUCUUUAAUGAUAUUUGAUAAUGUGAUAGAUUUAUAUUUGAUUCGAGUAGGCCUAUCAAUAUUAGGUAGUAUUCUCACGUUUGCAACCAAGAAAUGCUGUUGUUUGUGGUACAGCUGUGUGUGAACGCUGUAGAGUGUAUUAUUGGACUCGUUUCUUAAUGGUAUGCUAUUAUCGUCAUCUUUACAUAGAUAACGAAUUAUAAAAGUUUAAUCGUAGAUUGAAUACAGUAGAAUUGUAUAGAGGCAGGUGAUGUCUAUUAGCGAUGGUUGUGUACCUCCUAAGUUAGUUUUUGUUUUAAUAAUAUACAUUAUUAUUUUACUUAAUAUGCAUUGAUAUUGUAAUGGUUAAUUAAUAUCGUAAUGAUUAAUUGAUAUAAUAGUGUCGUAUAGUAAUGCUGUACCUGAGAGUAACCUUAUCGUUCAGUAACAUUUAUAGUUGAUUACUGUUGUAAUGCAUGAUACAAUAAUGAUUAUGUAUUGAGACUGUAAUUUUACUAUUACAAGGGUUUUUGUUUAGAGUCGAUGUGUGCACAUCGACAUUAUUUGAUCGUGUGAUGAUUGUGAAUCGUGAGUCCUAAUAAUUGGCAAUUAAAAGAACCUUGGAACGUU